AUGACACUCAGUCAUAGCAGCGAUUCAUCCAGGUCAAGCAUUAGCUCAAGGGGUCGUCGCCAUGGUCUUCACGGCAUUCCCACAAAGUGCUUUUGCGGUGGUUCUACAGUUCUUGUUACCUCUCACACAAUCACAAAUCCGGGGAGGCGCUUCUAUACAUGUUCUAACAACUCUGAUGGAGGAGUUCAUGUGUGGAAGUGGUGGGAUGAAGCAUUCACUGAGGAGUUGAUGGAAGUGAAGGGAGAUUUGAAGACUCUUGAGGCUAGGAUUCGCUAUGGACAUUACCACUCUGAGUGUUCUAAACUUGGAGAAGAUGAAUUGAAGAUGGUGAAGGAGUUGCUUGAUGUGAAGGAAAAGGAAGCAAAAGAGGUGAAGAUGGUUGUGGCCGUCGUUGUUACCAUCGUUGUUGUUGGUGUGCUUGUUAGCUUGGUGAAGUAA